UAUCCGCAGCCCUCAUAAGUUUGUUAGUGAGUUGUAGAUCCGGCCCCGUGUCUUCGCCUCGUUUCUUCUCCGGUGUUCACCAGCUUUUCUCCGGUAAACUCUCCGUUGUUACCGGACAUGUCGGGCGGCGGGAGUCUCGCAGGCGGCGGCAGCGCUUUGUUCUCCGGUUUCCGGGUUCUGGGUCUUUACUCCAACCACGUGCCGCACGCGCUCCGUUACCACCACAAGCACCGGGAGUUCUACCUGGUGACCGCGGUCGGUAAAUGCCUCCACACGUACAACGUGAACAAAUUGGGGAUCGUGGCCGUUGGUGACAGCCUGUCAGAUGACAUCACCUGUCUGGCAGCUGACAGGAUGUUGGUGUUCACCGCUUCUGGGAAACUCGUCAGUGCUUUCGCCCGAAACAAAGAGGUGGUGAUGCGUUACCAUGGUCACAAACAGGAAGUGCGUCUGCUGCUGCCGCUGGGCGAUCACCUGAUCUCCGCCGACAGCGGUGGUGAUGUGAUAGUGUGGGAUGUCCAGGGCGGGGACGUCUACCUGCGCCUGCAGUUUGAGCCAAAGACCUUCGACGUGUCCGCCAUGAUGCACCCGAGCACGUACUUGAACAAGGUGCUGCUGGGAAGCUCCCAGGGUGCACUGCAGCUGUGGAACAUUAAGUCCAGUAAGUUGUUGUUCACAUUUCCUGGUUGGUCAGCAGGGGUCACUGUUCUGCAGCAGAGUCCUGCAGUUGACGUGGUUGGCGUUGGCUUGGCGACGGGCCGCAUCAUCAUUCACAACAUUAAGUUCGACGAGACGAUGAUGAGUUUCACACAAGACUGGGGACCAAUCACAUCGCUCUCCUUCAGAACAGACGGUCCUCCCAUCCUGGCGUCCGGCAGUCCUCAGGGCCACAUUGCAUUAUGGGAUCUGGAACGCAAACAGCUCGUCACUCAACACAGAAACGCCCACAGAACAGCCAUUGCCGCGGCAACCUUCCUGCAUGGAGAGCCGCUGCUGGUCACUAACGGGGCUGACAACGCCAUCAAGGUGUGGAUAUUUGAUCGGGAGGGGGGUGGAGCCAGACUCCUGCGGAGUCGUCAAGGUCACAGCGCCCCGCCCACCACCAUCUAUCACCAUGGCAUUGAUGGAAAAAACAUUCUCAGCUCAGGUCAGGACGGGACACUGCAGUCUUUCUCCACCGUCCACGAACGUUUCAACAAGAACCUGGGUCACGGCUCAAUCAACAAGAAGAAAGAGCAGAAGAAGAAGAAGGGGCUGGCCUACGAGGAGCUGCGUCUUCCUGCCAUCACUGCGUUCUCCUCGGCUGCUGCCCGUCAGUCGGACUGGGAUGGAAUCGUCGCCUGUCAUCGCGGUCGCCGAGCAGCCACAACAUGGAACUACCAGAGGUGCACCAUGGGAAGUUAUCACCUGCAGCCCCCCGGCUCGCGCAGGGAUGCGGUGGCCACGGCCGUCGACAUCACUUCCUGUGGUAACUUUGCUGUGAUUGGCUCGUCGUGCGGACGUGUUGACAUCUACAACCUUCAGUCAGGGCUGCAUCGUGGCUGCUAUGGUGACAACGAGAAAGCUCACAGUGGUGCGGUGCGAGGUGUCGCCACAGACGCCCUGAACCAGCUGACCCUCACCGCUGGCUCUGAUUGGCUGCUCAAGUUCUGGCGUUUUAAGACCAGGAAACAGGAACAACAGCUGAAGCUGAAUGCUGCCCCAGCUAGCAUGAUGCUACACAGAGACAGCGGGAUGUUAGCAUUAGCACUGGACGACUUCACACUGCAGGUGGUGGACACAGAAACCAGACGAGUGGUCAGGAGGUUUGCGGGACACCACAGCAACAUUAACGACAUGACCUUCAGCCCUGAUGGUCGCUGGCUGGUGACCGCGGCCAUGGACUGCACCAUACGUACCUGGGAUCUUCCCUCCGGCAGCCUUGUUGACUGUUUCCUGGUUGCCAUGGCGCCAGUGGGUGUGUCCAUGUCCCCGACCGGAGACUUCCUGGCGACGGCCCACGUGGACAGUCUGGGCGUUUACCUCUGGACCAAUAAAAGCCUGUGUGGGCCCGUGGGGCUCCGCCCACUCCCGACUGACUACCAACCGGUUGUGGAGAUGCUGCCUGGCGUCACAGUGGACGAAUCAGAACAGGAAGUACCAUCAGAGGAGGUGGAUGAUGCAUACAAGUCAGCUGAUCAGCUGGGGUUGGAGCUCGUAACGCUGUCGCUGCUGCCAGAGUCCCGAUGGAAAAGUCUGCUCCACCUGGACGUCAUCAAGAGGAGGAACAAACCUGUAGCGCCCCCUGUGGCUCCAGCUGCAGCUCCCUUCUUCCUGCCAACAGUCCCCGGUCUCACGCCUCGAUUUACGUUGCCCGCAGCCACAGAUCAGGAAACUCAGUCAAAGAUGCUGAGUCGUGGUCUGUUGAGUCAAAGGUCAGAGUUCAGCUCUGCUCUGGAAUCAGCUCUAGAAUCUGGAUCAUUUGAUCGCCCAGUGCGGCUCCUGAAGGAUUGUGGGCCGGCGGCGCUCUCUGUGGAGCUCUCCUGUCUGACACCGGAGGGAGGCGGAGCCAGCAGCCUCCUGCUCGCCUUCGUCAACAUGAUUGACAGCAUGUUGGCUAAUGGGCGGGACUUCGAUCUGGCUCAUGCCUACCUGGCACUUUUCUUAAAGCUCCACCUCCGUACCCUGUCGCAGGAUACUGAUGCCAUGGCAGCAUUGCUCCGCCUCUCCACCCAUAUGGAGGCAGGUUGGGCGGGGUUACGUUCCUCAUUUGACCAAUCACUUUGUCUGCUGUCGUACACUAAGAGUGCGCUGCUGUGAUAGUUAUUUUAAUAAAGUUAAAUGUUGAAUUGUU